UAUUGACGGUAAAAUGGGGCGGGGGUAAUGUAUACACAUCCAAAACGCUUAGUCAAAUUUAGACCAGAAAGUGAUUGUGAAAGCGCAAAACUGACAGUAUAACUAAUAAAGAUGGAUCCCAAUCGAAUUAUCCAGGCUUUGAAGGGGACAAUUGAUCCCAACCUCAGGAUAGCGGCUGAAAAUGAACUCAAUCAGUCUUACAAGAUCAUCAACUUUGCCCCCACCCUGCUCCAGAUUAUUGUGUCUGAACAGGUAGAGUUUCCCGUACGCCAAGCAGCAGCCAUUUACCUGAAGAACAUGGUUAGCCAGUACUGGCAGGACCGCGAGCCCUCAAUUGGGGAGGUGGUGUUCCCCUUCAACAUCCAUGAGAAUGACCGCCAGCAGAUUCGAGAUAACAUCGUGGAGGGCAUUAUCCAGUGCCCAGAAUCCAUACGGGCCCAGCUGACUGUGUGUUUGCGAGCCAUCAUAAAGCACGACUUCCCUGGUCGCUGGACAGCCAUUGUGGAUAAGAUUGGGGUGUACCUGCAGUCUCAGAACAGUGGCUGGUAUGGCAGUCUGCUGGCCCUCUACCAGCUUGUCAAGAACUACGAGUAUAAGAAGGCUGAUGACAGGGAGCCGUUGCUGGCAGCCAUGCAGAUCUUUCUACCCCGUAUCCAGCAACUCAUAAUCCAGCUGCUGCCAGACUCCACCAUCUUCUCUGUCCUCAUCCAGAAACAGAUCCUUAAGAUCUUCCACGCACUCGUACAGUACUCCCUGCCUCUCCAGCUUAUCAACAACACUAUUAUGACUCAGUGGAUGGAGAUACUGAGGGCUGUGAUGGACCGCAGUGUUCCACCAGAGACGUUGGAGGUUGAUGAAGACGACCGUCCGGAGCUGGUGUGGUGGAAGUGUAAGAAGUGGGCCAUGCACAUCCUGACCAGGCUGUUUGAGAGGUAUGGAAGCCCAGGGAAUGUGACUAAGGAAUACUUUGAGUUUGCGGAUUUCUUCCUCAAGACAUACGCCAUGGGCAUACAGCAGGUGCUGUUGAAGGUGUUAGACCAGCACAGACAGAAGCAGUAUGUAACUCCACACGUCCUACAACAGUCCCUCAGCUACCUGCGUCAGGGACUGUCCCACUCCAUCACCUGGAAACACAUGAAACCCCACAUACAGACCAUUUGUCAGGAGGUGAUCUUCCCUCUCAUGUGCUACAAAGAUGAGGAUGAGAAACUCUGGCAGGAGGACCCUUAUGAGUACAUCCGUAUGAAGUUCAACUUGUACGAUGACCACGCCCUCCCCGCCACAGAGGCCCAGAGUCUCCUGUGCAAAGCCGCCCGCAAGAGAAAGGAGAUUCUGCCCCAGAUGAUGGACUUCUGUCACCAGAUCCUGAUGGAGCCCACCACUGACCCUCGCAGGAAGGACGGGGGGUUGCACGUCAUUGGCUCAUUGGCAGAACUCUUGCUGAAGAAGCGGUUAUUCAGGGAUCAGAUGGAACUGAUGUUACAGAACUACGUGUUCCCCCUCCUCAACUCUCCUCUGGGAUACCUACGAGCCAGGUCAUGCUGGGUGCUGCACUCCUUCAGUCCACUGCGAUUCCAUGAUGAGCUGGUUCUGAGGAACGCGGUGGAGCUGGUCAAGCAGGACCUGAUUGAAGACAAGGAGAUGCCAGUCAAAGUGGAGGCUGCCAUUGCUCUGCAGACACUAGUCAGCAACCAAGAGCAAGCUAAAGUCUACAUCAGGCCCUACAUCCGACCUAUCAUGCAGGAGCUGCUGCACAUUGUCAAGGAGACAGAGAACGACGACCUCACCAACGUCAUCCAGAAGAUGAUCUGUGAGUACAACCAGGAAGUGGCCGUCAUCGCCGUGGACAUGACGCAGAACCUGGCUGAGAUUUUCACGAAGGUGCUACAGAGUGAGGAGUAUGAGGAGAGUGAGGACAAGACUGUCAUGGCUCUGAGCAUUCUCAGCACCAUUGACACUAUAUUGACUGUCAUGGAGGACCACAAAGAGAUUACUCAACAGUUGGAGGGGAUCUGUUUGCAGGUCAUCGGUCUGGUGUUACAGAAGCCCAUCAUAGGUAUGGCAGAGUUCUAUGAGGAGAUCCUGUCCCUGGCAUUUGGGCUCACCUGUCAGACCAUUUCCCCCCAGAUGUGGCAGCUGUUAGGGGUCCUAUACGAGGUCUUCCAGCAUGACUCCUUCGACUACUUUACAGACAUGAUGCCUCUUUUGCACAACUACGUUACCGUGGACACUGACAUGCUCCUAUCCAACCCCAAACACCUAGAGGUAAUCUACACCAUGUGCAGAAAGGUGCUAAGCAGUGAUGCGGGGGAGGAUGCAGAGUGCCACGCCGCCAAGCUGCUGGAGGUCAUCAUCCUCCAGUGUCGGGGUCGAGUCAUCGACCAGGUCAUCCCACUGUUUGUGGAGGUGGUUUUGGAGCGGCUGACACGGGGGGUCAAGUCCAGUGAGCUUAGGACCAUGUGUCUUCAGGUGGCCAUCGCAGCCCUCUACUACAACCCCGCCCUCCUCAUGCACACCCUCGACAAUAUGCACUUCCCCCACAACCCCCAGCCAAUCACGGCACACUUUGUCAACCAGUGGAUGAAUGACACAGAGUUCUUCCUGGGGCUGCACGACCGUAAGAUGUGCAUCAUUGGGUUAAGCUUGUUGAUGGAGCUCCCAAGCCGGCCAGCGGUGGUUGAGGGGGUAGCUGCCCAGAUUGUACCCUCCGUCCUGCUCCUCUUCCUGGGGCUCAAUCAUCUCUAUGCUUCCCGCCUCCUCCACAAGCCAGACCUGCUAGCCAGGGCUGGGGGAGCAGAGGAGGACCAGAAUGAGGAGAUUCCCAGUGAUGAGGACGAGGUGAAUGAGAAACGCACGGCCAUGCAUCAGCAGGCCAGCAGGCCGGCGGGUCAGGAGGAGGAAGAAGAGGAGGAUGAGGAGGACUACUGGGAUGAAGCAGGUCUGGAGGGCACGGCCCUAGAGGAGUACAGCACGCCCCUGGACUACGACAAUGGAGAGGAUGAGUACCAGUUCUUCACUGCAGCACUGCUUAGGGUCCAGAGUACAGAUGUAGGCUGGUACCAGUCACUCACAGCGCCACUCAGUGAUGACCAGAAGAAACAGCUGCAGGAGAUCUACAGCCUGUCCCAGCAGAGGAGAAGCACGGCCACCAAGGGCCAAUGAGUGGUGAGGAGCAUGGCUGGAGGCUGGAGGUCUGAUGGAGCAGCAGAACUGGUCUGACCUCAUCCCGGAAAGUAUAAAUAACUGCUUCAGAACAGCCUGAACUAGACUUUACUGAUUCCAUCAAGAAUGGAUGCUCAUCAGAACCAGACUGGUGAAAGACUUACCAGAGACUGGACUGCUCCACUACAUUACCAGACCAGGACAUCACACGCUUCAAAACCUUGACCACAGCUGGACUAUUCCACCCCAGACAGGACUGUGUGUGUUAGCUGCGCAAGUGUGUGUACUCUUAAAAAUAACUCUUUCACUGACCAGCAAUUUAUUCUAGUUAUACUUUGCAGUAUUUUGGUCUGUGAUUUUGUAAUUGUGUGUGUACAGUAAAUGACAGGGUGAGUGUAUGUGACAGAGUGUUUGUAUGUGUGAUAUUGUAAACACAAUCUUUAUGUCUUUGUAGCCUGACUUUCUAUCAUUGUUACAGUAGUGAGGAAGAUAUGUUGGCAACAAUCAGAGAUAUUUACACUGUCAGCCUGCCGACUGCACUGCUGAGAGGAUGGAUGGAUAGAUGGAUUCUGGGUUUGGAGGUCAAAGGUCACUAUCUGUUGACCCCAGUGUGUGAAAGAUCACCGGUUAGGAUCAUUAGAGAACAGAGCCUUCUCUUUUUGUUUGUCUUUGUUUUGUAACAGUUUCUGAAUUAACUGAAGACAUUUCAUAAAAAUCAUCUAACAUCUA